AUGUUUACUAUUAAUAGAGAUUUUAUAUCCUCAACAACAGAUUCAGUUGAAUACUCUUCAAAUAUUUUAUUUUCUAAAAGAAAAAUUGCUAAUCACAAUAAACAAUUCUCUUAAAGUCUAUUUACUUCAAGAAAAUAAAACUUAAUCAAUAAAAGAAGCUCAUCAUUUUAUUCACCUAAUAUUAGUAUUUCUAAAAUUAAACCAGUAAUUGAUUAUCGCUCAAUAUUUUAAUAAAAUACUAAAAAAUUAAUCAUAAUCCUAAGCUUUUUUUAAUCACUCUCCUAAUAUUCAAAAGAAUAACUUAUAUAGAGAAUUGAAUACUUUAAAUCCAAAAAUAAAAACAUUCUACCAUUUUAUCCAGAUCAAUAUUUUAUAAUUAAAUGGAAUUAAUUCAUUUAAUUUUUAUUAUUUAUUUAUGCUAUUGUAUUUCCUUCACAUUUAGCUAAUCAAAUUGAUAUAGAUUAAUUUUUAUUUGUAAUUGAUAUAAUCUUUGCAAUUGAUAUAUUGAUGAAUUUCAUAACAGCAUAUAUUGAUGAAAAUUAUAAUUUGAUUAAAGAAUUUAAAUUAAUAUUUCUACAUUAUUUGAAAACAUGGAUGAUUUUAGAUAUUAUAUCAAUACCAUAAUAUUAAUUUUCAAUUCAAUAAUCCUACCUCUAAUUAUUUAAACUUUUUAGAUUAAUUAAAUACUUUAUUAAAAAGCCAUAAAAAAACUAUAAAGGAUAAAUAAUAUAUACAAAUAUAAUCAAUGAUUCUUUCUCAUUAGAUAAUAAUUACUAUCACUCAGAAGGAUGGAUAUUUUUAUUAAAUGUAAUAAUGAAUGCAUUUCUUCUUAUACAUAUAUUUGGAUGCAUUUCUCUAUUUCAUGAUAAUAGUGUCAAUUAUAUAACUAGUGUUUAUUGGUCAUCAUAAACACUUUUUACUGUAGGUUAUGGAGAUAUACCAUAGGAUCAUUAUUUCUCAGUUGUAUGGAUUAUUAUUUCUAUAGGAUAUUAUUCUGUUAAAAUUGGUGACUUUUCUAAAUUAUUAAUGCAAUUUAAUCUUUCUAAUGACGAUAAUCAAUAAUACAUAUUUGAUCGUUUAGCAUUGUAAACUAAAAUGCCAGAUGAUUUAAAAGAUUAAAUUUAAAAGUAUAUUAGAACAAAUACUUUAUAUAAUCAAUUUUGGAAAUAAGAUAUCAUUCAUAUGGUUAAUUAAUUUCAUAAACCAAUUCAAACUUAUUUCACCUUGAGUGUAAUGUUUGAUUUAUGCAUUAAAAUUUAAUUCUUUUUAUAAGAUGUUAAUCAUACUCAAAAUCUAUUGAAAACAUGUAGAUUUAUAAUUUAUGAAAAAAAUGAAAUAAUCUAUAGGAAAGGUUAAAUUUCUGAUGAAAUUUAUUAUUUAAUUAAAGGAGAUGUUAGAAUCCUGUCUAAAAAUAGAUUUAAUAUUUUAACUAUAUUAUAAGGUACAAUAUUUGGAGAAUUUGAAGCCUUAAAUGAGUAGCCUAGAUUUACUUAUGCUAUUGCUCAAUAGAGAUCUUAUGUUUUAAUUGUUUAAUUUAAAUCCUUUAUCCAGUGCCUCAAAUCAAGUAAAUGUAUUAAUUUUGAAGUUUCUUAAUUAUAUGCUAGAAGAAAAUAAUUAAUACUUUAAUAGUUUGAGCUUGAAAAAAGUAUAAAAAUUAUUAAUUUAGAUAAAAAGUUAAAUUGAAAAGAUUAAAACGAAAAAAUGUAAUCAUUUUCCAAGAUUAUUAUGAAAUUUCACCAAAAUUUAAUUAAAAAAAUACUGAUGAUAAUUAAUUUUAAACUAUUUAAUCUUAUCAUUACAACUUUUUGUAAAAAAUAAUUGGACAAGCUAAAUUAAAUAAAAAAAUUGUUUUUUAGAGAUUUUAGUAAUGUGUAAAUAGAGUAAUUGAUUAUUUAAGAUAAAUUGAUAUUACUCCACCUGAAGAUUGGAAAGAAUUAAAUGAAUAUCAUACUAUAAUCAAAGUCAUUCCAUUUUAACUUUUAGAGAAAAGAAAUUCACCAUUGAAAUAAUAAAAAAGAUUAUCUAACUUUUCAAAUUAAUCAUCAAAUAAAAAAUUAUUACUCUCUAAUUACAUUUUAGCAAAAUAACAUGAAUUAAAUAUAUAGAAGAAAAUUAAUCUGCUAUAGAAGGAAAGAUUUAUACCUUUGAAAUAAAUAUUUGAUAAAUUUGAUAAUUAAUCAUCUGAAACAAAUAUUCUCAAUAUUAAAAAUCCCUGUUUAUCAAAAAUUGUUUUAUCGUAAUCCAAAUAUCGUUCAUGGAAAAAUGUUAAAUAAAAUGAUGAAGUAUAAGUUAAUUCAAAUAUUAUACAAAUCUUUAAAAGACUUAACAAAGAUCUUAAGUAAAUUCAUAAUAUUUGGUUAUCAGGAUCUUUGAUUAAAUUUGACUUACAUAAACUAAUGUAUUAACAAUACUGA